GUAAUUUAUUUGAUUGCUCAUUUGCACUCCCUUAAACGGUCACUCCCUCUCCACUCUCCAGUUGUCCUUCCCCAAAACCAGCACAUAAAGCAUAAACCGAGCAAGCCAAGAGUGAACCAAAAGCUUCGACCUUUAGAAGAAUAGCGCUGCAAAAAGGAACUGGACUGACAGGCAUAGCAGAACGGGGGGGAAAUGCAGUCUACACUCGCGUUUUCGUCCUCCAAAAUCAUAGGAUUCAAGCCACACGCGACAACUACAUUUGAUCGGUUCAUUCCACCAUCUGCAACGACAAUCUCAUGUCAACUCUUCACAGACUCGUCCGUUAGCUCUCUGCCCUUCUCGCUCAAAUCCGAUUCCCGGCCGAAGCUGCUUCACCCAACAAGCAAUAAGCUCAAGCUUCACCAGUCGUCGAAGAAUUCAACGGUUGUCCACUGCGGCAUUUCAUCGAACAGUUCGGGAGCAAAUGAGGGAAGCAGUAUCGGAGGGUUGGUUGAGGCUGCCUCUGAGGCAAUUUCCACUGCAUUUCCGAUAUGGGUAUCGUUGGGUUGCUUGAUGGGACUCCUAAAGCCGGCUUCUUUUGGUUGGAUUACCCCCAAAUGGACCAUCUUUGGGCUUACCCUCACUAUGCUUGGUAUGGGUAUGACGCUUACCCUAGAUGACCUCAGCAAUGCUAUGGCCAUGCCAAAACAGUUGUUUGCUGGGUUCCUGCUCCAGUAUUCGGUGAUGCCAUUAUCAGCAUUUCUUGUGAGCAAGAUCUUAAAUCUGCCAUCCCAUUAUGCUGCUGGACUAAUAUUGGUUGGCUGCUGUCCUGGUGGGACAGCAAGUAAUAUUGUUACCUACAUGGCACGAAGCAUUUGUCUUUGGUAUAAUUUAUUUGAAAAUAAUCUCACUUCCCUGAAAUUGCAGGUAAUGACACCAUUUUUAACAGCAAAACUAGCUGGCCAAUAUGUUGCAGUGGACGCAGCAGGAUUGCUAACAUCAACCAUGCAGGUUGUCCUUCUUCCUGUACUGGCUGGCGCCUUUCUAAAUCAAUAUUUUCAAAGCCUGGUGAAGUUAGUCUCUCCUUUGAUGCCACCUAUUGCUGUGGGGACUGUUGCUCUUCUCUGUGGAAAUGCAAUUGCCCAUAGCUCCUCUGCAAUAAUGAUGUCAGGCAAACAAGUGGUGCUAGCAGCAUUUCUUCUUCACGCAUCUGGCUUUUUCUUUGGUUUUGUACUUUCAAGGAUCCUUGGAAUUGACACGGCAUCAUCAAGAACCAUUUCAAUUGAAGUUGGCAUGCAGAACUCAGUGCUAGGAGUGGUUCUUGCAACCCAGCACUUUGGCAAUCCACUCACUGCAGUACCUUGUGCAGUCUCCAGUGUUUGCCAUUCCAUCCUUGGCAGUGUCCUUGCCGGAUUCUGGAGACGAGAUGUGCCAUCAGAGGACCAAGAUUAAUGUAAAAAGCUUCCCAUCUUCCGAAGACAAGCUUUAUCCAUGUGCUCAGCAAUCUUUGGUUAGAACUUCAAAGUCACGAUCUUUGCCGGUUUUGCUUCAGUGAUCUGCUAGUGCUUUUUGUUUUGUAAAUUAUCAGGCAUUUCACUUUGUUGCUCUAGAUAUCAUUCCAGACAGCGCCAGAAAUCCAGGAAAGAAACAAAUUCUGACAACUUCAAUAAUCUUGAUGUCAUGGAAAGGAAAUGGAGGGACUGAAUUGUAAGUAAACCACAAACUUGGUAGUCCCUGCAUAAUUUUGCCCCACAUGGCCAAUUUUUGCUAUAAAA